AUGGAUUUGGACGCCCGCAUCAAAGCCUAUCGUUUUGUGGCCUAUGCCGCCGUCACAUUCUCUGUGGUGGCCGUAGUGUCGGUGUUCAUCACCCUCCCUAUGGUUUACAACUACGUGCACCACGUCAAACGACAGGUCCACAACGAAGUUAACUUCUGCAAGGGAUCUGCCAAGGACAUCUGGACUGAAGUGCACUCAAUGAAGGACGUGCCAGCCGCAAACAGAACAGCUCGUCAGGCCUACAACACUGGAGGUGGUUUCGGUGGCGGUGGCGGCGGCGGUGGUGGAUCAUGCAGUGGUUGCUGCAACCCUGGACCACCAGGACCUGGUGGUACUCCUGGAAGACCCGGAAGACCAGGAAAGCCUGGAGCACCCGGUAUUCCAGGUAACCCAGGAAGAGCAGCAUCUGCACCUUGCGAGCCUAUUACUGCUCCUCCAUGCCAACCUUGCCCAGCUGGACCACCUGGACCUCCUGGAGCACCCGGACAGCCCGGUGCACCAGGUUCCGAUGGAUUCCCCGGCACUCCUGCUGGACCUGGUGGACCUGGAGCUCCAGGACCACCAGGACCACCUGGAGCACCAGGAAAUGACGGAGCACCAGGACAGCCCGGAGCACCUGGACAGCCUGGCGCUUCUGAGAACUCAGGACCUGGCGCACCUGGCCCAGCUGGACCACAAGGACCCCCAGGACCUCCUGGACAGGAUGGAGCACCAGGAUCUGGCGGAGUUGGACCACCAGGACCUAAGGGACCACCUGGACCUGCCGGUAAUCCUGGUAGCGAUGGAAACCCCGGAUCACCUGGAGCACCUGGACAGGCUGGAGGUGCUGGAGAGAGAGGAAUCUGCCCGAAAUACUGCGCUAUUGACGGAGGAGUGUUCUUCGAGGAUGGAACACGAAGACGCUAA